GGAAGCGCUCGGCGGGGCCGGGCCGGGCUGCGGCGGGCGCGGGAUGGAGGUGACCAGGAGCAAUUUUAAGGAUAACCUAAACAAAGUGUAUGAAGCCAUUGAAGAGUCCGACUUCCUGGCCAUCGAUGGGGAGUUUUCAGGGAUCAGUGAUGGGCCUUCUGUUAGUGCAUUAACAAAUGGCUUUGACACUCCAGAAGAAAGGUAUCAAAAACUUAAAAAGCAUUCCAUGGAUUUUUUGCUCUUUCAGUUUGGCCUUUGCACUUUUAAAUAUGGUGACACAGAAGAAAAGUAUAUAAUGAAGUCAUUUAAUUUCUAUAUUUUUCCAAAACCCUUUAACAGAAAUUCACCAGAUGUCAAGUUUGUCUGUCAGAGUUCAAGUAUAGAUUUUUUAGCAAACCAAGGAUUUGAUUUUAAUAAAGUUUUUCGCAACGGAAUUCCAUAUUUAAACCAGGAAGAAGAAAGACAGCUAAGGGAACAGUAUGAUGAAAAGCGUUCUCAAGCCAACGGUGCAGGAUCUCUGUCAUACAUUUCUCCUAAUUCCACAAAGUGUCCUGUAACAAUUCCUGAAGAUCAGAAAAAAUUUGUUGAGAAAGUAGUGGAACAGAUAGAAGACUUAUUAAAGAAUGAAGAAAGCGAAAGUUUGGAACUGGAGCCAUGUACAGGAUUUCAAAGGAAAUUAAUUUAUCAGACCUUGAGCUGGAAGUAUCCAAAAGGUAUUCAUGUUGAAACUCUGGAGUCAGAUAAGAAGGAGAGAUAUAUUGUUAUUAGUAAGGUAGAUGAAGAGGAACGAAAAAGAAGAGAACAGCAGAAACAAGCAAAAGAACAGGAAGAAUUGAAUGAUGCAGUAGGAUUUUCCAGAGUUGUUCAUGCCAUUGCUAAUUCUGGCAAGCUGGUUAUUGGGCACAACAUGCUGCUGGAUGUCAUGCACACCAUACAUCAGUUCUAUUGUCCCCUGCCUGAUGACCUAAGUGAGUUCAAGGAAGUAACAUCAUGUGUCUUUCCCCGGUUAUUGGAUACUAAACUGAUGGCAAGUACACAACCUUUCAAGGAGAUCAUAAAUAAUACAUCACUUGCAGAACUGGAAAAGCGUUUAAAAGAGGUUCCAUUCAGCCCUCCUAAAGUUGAAAGUGCAGAAGGAUUUCCAAGUUAUGAUACAGCAUCUGAACAACUCCACGAAGCCGGAUAUGAUGCCUACAUUACUGGACUGUGCUUCAUUUCUAUGGCUAAUUUCCUAGGUUCCUUCCUCACUCCUCCGAAAAACCAUGUGUCUGCCAGAUCAAAACUCAUUGAACCUUUUUUUAACAAGCUGUUUCUUAUGAGAGUAAUGGACAUACCAUAUCUCAAUUUGGAAGGACCAGACUUUUUGCCUUUUCUAGGUAACAUUCAGGUGUCGUGGAUUGAUGAUACAUCAGCAUUUGUGUCACUGAGCCAGCCAGAGCAAGUUCCAAUAGCUGUAAACACCAGCAGGUAUGCUGAAAGUUAUAGGAUCCAGACAUAUGCAGAAUAUGUUGAGAACAAACAUGAAGACAAACAGGCAAAGAGAAAAUGCACAGAAGACAGUUGGAAGGAGAUGGAGAGGAAACGGUUAAAAACUCAGUGCACACCCUACAUCUCCCAGAGUCGCUACUACUGUGUUAACAGUUUUACAGGUACCAGCACAGUGGGCAAGAGAAGCAUGAGUCCCAUUGAGGAAGAAACUGGUUCUGAUGAUAUGGAAGAGGGAGAGGGCCAAGGUUCAGAAUGUGAUCAGACAGACUCCUGUGCAGAGGCCCUUCCAGAUGGUAAGAAGAGAGCCAAAAAAUUGAAAAAGAUCAAGACAGAUCAAGUUCCAGCAGGAAGCCUCACCACUAGUUCCACUGGAAUUUUUGAAGUCCCUGAAACAUGGUAGGAAACAACUGCCUUAACAAGUGGAGUUGAUUGAAAGCAGUUGAGAGAAUACACCUCUUGGAAGCCAUACUUUAUUUAAAUAAAGUGGUGUUAACAAA